UUCAAAUUGAUAUUCCAUACGAAGAUAUAAAAUCAUCAGGACUCAGACUAGACUCGUCUAUAUAAUUUCGGGACCUCUCGGGCGCUUGCUAUUGUGACAUGGCAUAUUGAUAUUGAUGGCUGCCGCUUCCACUUCACCCACCCUUAUGUCUCCCCCUCCUUUUUGAACACCUUUGUCUCUACCCUCAUGACAUGUCGGGGAGUUCAAAGUCGGAAUAAUAGAGUAUAGCUUCCGGAACUGGCUGCAUAUGACCCUACUUACAUUCCCAGGUCCAAGGCAUGGAGGGUGACAUCCGAAAACUCAACAGGUUGAAAUAGCGUACACCGCCAUCUCUGUCCACUAUGGCCACUCAACCUCGCUCCUCCUUCGAAAGCACCGGCUCUUCACCCCCCCAAACCUCCAUCACCUCCAAGGACCUCCCCUACCGCUCCCUCGUCAUCGCCGACCCCGUCGCCGCCCGAUUCCUCGAAGAUGAACCCUCCACAAACGUGCUGGCCCACCGGGAGACCCUCCCCGGAUUCGAGACCUACCUGGUGGAGCAGUGGGCCUGCAAUCGCGCACGUCCAACGUACGUGAUCUCCACGUACACCGGUGACCUGUCGCAUACGACCACCGUCGCCGUGCUGAGCGCCCCGCUCGAUCAAAACGACUGGAGUCCGAAGGUGCGGGCGUAUUUCGACGCCUUGCAGCAGCACUACGCGCGGCCGCGCGAGACGGCCUUGGGGAUGCUCAUGGCGACGAACCUGUCCAGCUUUCCCAGCAGUCUGACGCUGAUCAAGGUGCCCGAGGGAAACGUCAGGAAGCACUGGGAGGACUUCGUGGUGAACGAGGACCUCAAGCGGCUGGGAUGCGCGGGACGGGCGGGGUUGACGUUGACGCAGCCAACCAGCGCCACGGUCGCCAAAUUUCAUCAGCUGUACCGCACCAGCGAGAAGGUCCCACUAUAUCAAAGCGUCAUGGACCUGGUGAAGCUCUGCCAGCUUGCAUUGGUCCUCUUCGGGAAACUGCCGCUCGACUACGGCGACGGGCUGCUCUGCGACGUGACUGAGGCGGCCAUCAAGGACUGGUGGGUCGAGUUCGGCGCUGAAUUCUUCUCCAUCGAACCGAACGACGGCAUCCUGGGUCCGACGACCGUGGCUGCGUUGGUCGGUCUGGUGAUGGGUGCGCGCAACCGGCUGCACGCGUACGGCGCGCCUGUGUCAAAGGACGUGUUCGAGGUGGAGGCCACGAAGCGGGCGAUAGCGUACUUUCAGAAGGCGUCGAGACUGCCCAAGACGCGGCGGCUGGACCGGAGGACGUUGCAGCGGUUGCACUCCGCGACGGCGAAGGCGGCGGAACAGAAGAGCGGGGAGGGAUGGACGGUGCCGCGGGCGGUGAAGAGCACGGUCGCGGAACUCAGUGGAAAGGGGGGGGAAAUGGUGAUGGAAAUGGUCGGGCGGGGAGGCGGGGAGAAAGCCGGCAUUGCGGCUGUCGAAACGGUGGACUUUGAAACCUUCAUCGAUCUCCUGGGUGGCGGCAGCGCUAAGUGGCUCUGGCAUGGGAAGGGCAAGAAAUUUCAGUCGAGCGACGUGUCUGGCAAGUAUGCGUCGGGUACCACAGGCGAGAAAGACCAUCCACUCUCGAGGAAGAUUUCGGAGGCUGGGAAAACGGAGCCGCCGACAUUGCGGAAGCAGAAUACCGUCGAGGACGGCGCAUCGGUCACGAGCGAUAUAGUACGACAAUCCUCGAUUCGGGAGCCAGAGAGUGCGAUGGACGGCGAUCGUGACCGAAAGUCCCGCAGACACGCACUACAGCGAGCGGGAAUCAAAGUCAAAGAUACGGUCAGCGGCAAACGUCACCAACCCAAGGGUUCGAAAGAUGCCAAAGACGGCACGCUAUAUCCCGAGGAGGCGGACGAUUCGAAACAAAUCCUCACUUCGAUCCCACCCAGUCCGACCGCCGUUUCGGUUGAUCAGGUUGCAAAAGAUCACACCAACUCUCCGUCGGAAUCCCAGAGUGUCCUUUCGAAGAUACCGACUUUCGCGUCAGCGAUGACAGAGACUCCGUCAGUAGCGUCACGAAACCUCUUUUCUUCGCCAACUCUACAACUGUCGGCGCCUAAUAUCGGGACCAAGACCGAACCCGUCGCUCCCACCAAUGCCACUCAACCAGAACUAGGCGCUUCUAAUGCAACCAAACCCGAACUUGGUGCCCCUAUCCACCUAGAGCCCGAGCCAAAGUCCCGAUCUCCCAUCAAGCCCCUCCUCACCGGCCCGACCUACCACGGCGUCGAUCUCAACGACCUCUUCGGCAUCGACACCAACCAAGAAAUCAGCCCCCUCCUCCGCACCACCUACAGCACCAGCAACCUCCCCACCCUCCGCGCCCUCCGCGCCCUCCCACCCAACCCGUCCAACCUCCCCGAUCCCACCCCCCCACCCCCCCACGAUGUCAAGUGGCCCCGCCACCUUUCUUUCAGCGUCGCCGAAUCCAGCAUCCUCACCUGGUCGAAACUCGACACCGGGUCCUCCUCCCCGCACCCCGGCCUCCACGCCGAAUACCACGCGCUUCUCUACGACGGCGGCACGCUGCGGCGGUUGCGCGAGCGGCUGCGCGAGCUCUCAUGUCUACAUGAAGGGAGUGUCGCGCCGCAGCUACAGCGGCUUGUGACGGUGCUGGAUACCGCGGCGGCGGACCAGGGAACCGUGGAGGGGCUGUACGAGCCGAGUCUAGAGACAUACGGGCAGGCGCGCGACGCGAUGCACGAUACGCUCGAAUCGGAGCGGGGGAAGCUGAUGGACGCGGUCCGGGAGGUGGAGGUGCUGGCGUCGCGGCUGGAGUACGAGAUGGCGGCGCUACGGAAUAAGGUGGAGGGUGUGGAGGAGGCGGUGGGGGAGUUUGGGGGGGCGGUGAGGGAGUUGGAGGAGAGGAUUGGAGGGAUUGAGGGAGAGGAUCGGAGCCAGGGGGGGUGGGGGAGUUGGGUGAUGGGGGUGUUGUUUGGGGUGGCGGGUGCGGCGAGGGUGGAGGGACAGGGGCGGGAGGAGGGGGGAUGA